UAAUUACAUAAAAGCCUAAUGAUGUUGAAAAUUACCCUGGUUUGAGAUAUAGGGCUAAUCUAAACUUUGUUGUUGGCUGCCCCGGGGUACUAGAAACAUUAGAAGAGGUUCACUUCGUCUCCAAAAGGCGAGAGUUGGACAUGGCACGACACGAAGGCCUUUUUUCCACGAGGAAACGCGAAAUGAUCACUAACGAUUAAGUGACAAAAAUGGAAAAUCUCGGGGAACGUUAUAAUUAAAACGCGAAACUUUUUUUUUUGGAACUAAUGGACGCGCAUAAAAACCAAGCAAAUGAGUCCAUAUCAUAAAGAGAGCACUGUUUGAUCGUUUAGUCCAGUAAUAAACUUCGGGAAGCCAUUACUAAACCAUAUGGCUUUGAUAAGGAUGACACGUUUAUAUAACAAUACUUUAAUUCUCUGUUUCUCCUCAAAUAAUCAGGGCCCCAUCAAUGAUUCUGGCAUCACGCUCAAUUAAACCAGUUCUGAGGGAGUUUCUCGAAGAGCUUUCUGAAGGAGGUCAUUUUAAAGGUUAUAAUUUGGGGAUCAAAAAACGAGGAGAAAUGAACUUGGGAGGGCAGCAAGAGAGUCUCUCGCGCAUCUGACACCUCCAGGCUUCAACGCUGAUUGGCUCUCAUUUGAAGGAGCUCAUGGGUUCAUUCAACUAUUAAGCGCCUCCCAGUUCCUCUAAAGGACAUUAUAAUGCAAGGGACCUCCUUUUUUAACCACAAACCGAAUUUGCUUUCAUUUAGGCCAUAUAUAUUUUUUAAAUAGUUUAAAGUCAUAGAGAUUUUUUUGGGAAAGCAUUUCGCCCUGGAGCGGUGCGCGAUGCUUUCGCACGCCGACCUGCUGGAUGCUCGCCUCGGUGAGUUAUCAACGCCAAACUCCGGUCUGCAACUCUACUGGAUGAAGGAUGCCGCGGCCGAGCUUCUGGGUCACAGGGAGGCAUUGAAAUGCAGGCUGGGCGGCGGCGGAACUGACCCGGGCCACCCCGGAGAACUCGCCCCGGUCUCCGAUGCAGUGGAAGGGGCCACCCUUCUCCCCGGAGACGAUAUCAACAGUGCUGGAUCCAAUCCGCCGGGUGUAGCGGUGAACAGUAAGGAUCAGGAGAAGCAACAGCAGCAGCAACAGAACCCCAGCCAGUCCGGCGGCCCGCAGGAGCUGGAACGCAGCUUCGCCAAAACUCACUAUCCGGACAUCUUCAUGCGCGAGGAGCUCGCCCUCCGGAUCGCCCUGACGGAAUCACGAGUGCAGGUUUGGUUUCAGAACCGACGCGCCAAAUGGAAGAAGCGCAAGAAGACCACCAACGUGUUUCGCGCUCCGGGCACUUUGCUGCCUACACACCACGGCCUACCGCAGUUCCCCUCCGCCAUGGGCGACAGCCUGUGCUCCUUUCACGCUAAUGACACCCGCUGGGCGGCGGCCGGGAUGCCGGGAGUCUCACAGCUGCAGUUACCGCCCUCCCUAGGCCGACAACAAGCCAUGGCACAGUCUCUAUCCCAGUGCAGCCUGGGCGCCGGACCGCCACACAACUCCAUGAGCCUGUCCAACAUGUCCUCCAACGGUUCCGGCCUCCAGUCCCACCUCUACCAACCCACCUUCCCCGGUAUGGUGCCCGCGUCGCUCUCUGGUCCCACCAACGUGACCGGCUCGCCUCAGCUGUGUAGCUCCCCGGACACUGACGUCUGGAGAGGGACGAGCAUCGCGUCCCUGCGCCGCAAAGCGCUCGAGCACACAGUGUCCAUGAGUUUCACCUAAUACUUUGACGUGGUUCACCUCCUGUUUCUCAUCCACCCAUCAUUACUGGCCCAGUGACGCACACGGAAGUCAGAGGAUACGACUGUCCUCUAGUAAACAGGAACUGUGCGCACCUGAUGGAAAUAAAACCUAAAGCAUCAUAGCCUGAAAAAAAAGACAUUUAUUUAUUACGUCCUGUUUCUUUUUUAUUUAUUAGCACUUUCUUUUUGCAAAUUCAAAAUGUCAGCAACCUGGACAGUAAACAAUCUGCACAUUUGAAAUGUAUUCGUUUGCAUUUGAGAAACAAGGCGAGAGACGGUGCACUCGUUUUUAUUGUUAUUAUCAUCAUUAUUAUUAUGGAAGAAAUCGUUCAAAUUUUAGGACUGUUUUAUGAAUCGGUGGAGGAGAGAAAGGAAAAUAUCUCAAAAAGAAUUCAGAUUCUUGACUGCAUGAGCCGACCAAGGUAAACAACAACACAACAACGGGGAAAUGUCAUUUAAGCGAGAAGUAUGAAUUUGUUAUAUGCUGUUAUAUAGGAUGUUUUGUGUAGA